AUGAAGCUUUCCUUGGUGGCACUGGCAACCCUCGUUGGGGCUGCCGUUGCCGACCUGGACCCCAUCGUCAUCAAGGGAUCCAAGUUCUUCUACUCUAGCAAUGAUACCCAAUUCUACAUGCGUGGUGUCGCCUACCAGCAAACUGCUGAUGGUGAUGACUACACGGAUCCUUUGGCCGAUGCCACUGCCUGUGCUCGUGAUGUCCCAAUCAUGAAGGAGCUACGCACCAACGUCAUUCGCACCUACGCGAUCAAUGCCUCCGCCGACCACUCCGCAUGCAUGAAGCUUCUGUCCGAGGCUGGUAUCUACUUGAUCUCCGAUCUGUCUGACCCCUCACAAUCCAUCGACAGGAGUGAUCCUUCCUGGGAGACCUCCCUUUACACUCGAUACACUAGCGUUAUCGAUGAGCUUUCUCAGUACAACAACACCAUUGGUUUCUUUGCCGGAAACGAGGUUUCCAACACCGUUGCGACAUCCGACGCCAGUGCCUUCGUCAAAGCUGCUGUCCGCGACAUGAAGAAAUACAUCAAGCAGAAGGGAUACCGCUCCAUGGGUGUUGGUUACGCUACCGCCGACGUGUCAGCUAUCCGCGAGAACAUGGCCGACUACUUCGACUGCGAGGAAUCCGAUGAGACCAUCGACUUCUGGGGAUAUAACAUCUACUCGUGGUGUGGUACUUCGAGUUACUCUGCAUCCGGAUAUAAAGACCGCACCGAAGAGUUCAGCAACUACUCUGUCCCCGUCUUCUUUGCUGAAUACGGUUGCAACGACGUCACUCCUCGCAAGUUCACUGAGGUUAAGGCUCUGUACGGUGACACUAUGGCUGAGGUCUGGUCCGGUGGUAUUGUUUACAUGUACUUCCAGGAAACCAACAACUACGGUCUGGUCUCGGUAGUCGACAGCACCAGUGUUAGUACUAUGGCCGACUUCAAGUACUACUCCAGCGAAAUCGCCAGUGUCAACCCCACUGGUACCAACAAGGCCUCCUACACGCCCACAAACACUGCCCUCCGAAGCUGUCCCACCGUUGGCAGCAAGUGGUCCGCCAAGGCCUCGCCUCUUCCCCCAAGUGCCGAUGUGAACCUCUGUGAAUGCAUGUACGAUGCUGCCGGUUGCGUUGUGUCCGACUCCCUGUCAACCAGCAAGUACGCCAAGCUCUUCAGUACCGUCUGCGGAUACACCGACUGCAGCGGUCUCACUGCCAACGCCACCACUGGUGAAUACGGUGCUUACGGCAUGUGUUCCACCAAGCAACAGCUUGCCUUUGCCCUCAACAAGUACUACGUUGAGCAAGACCGUGCCGCCACCGCUUGCAACUUUGCCAGCUCCGCUACUACCAAGGCUACCACCGCGGCCUCUGGUACCUGCUCCGCUCAAAUGAAGGAGGCUGGAACAGCUGGAACAGGAACUGUCACUACCGAGGCUACUGCCACCGCUGACACCAGCUCCGGCUCUAGUUCCACGUCGACUUCUUCCAGCGGUGCCGCUUCUGGUAUUCACUCAAGCGCAUCUUUCGGAUCGCUCCAGGUCGCGAUCUACGCUGGUACUGCACUGCUGGCUGGUGUUGGUAUGAUCGCCUUGUAA